CUCUCGGCAUCUUUGCUCGUGUUAAAUGUUUUUGAAUUCCAGUGUUGGAAGACUAGAGAAGAAGCUCGUGGCUCCUCAACGUGAGGAUUUCAGUCAAUGUUUCACACAAACAUGUUUGAUUCUCACCCUCACAUGCUUGAUAUGUCACCCCACAAAACUGCUUUCUCUGAGACUGACCUGGGAAAGCCCAGAGAUGAUGAAUAUGAGACCAAGUCAGGCACUGACAUGGACGCUCCUUCCGGCGACGACCAAGAUCCCAACCCAAGACCCAGAAAGAAGGGUUACCGUCGCCACACACAGCGCCAGAUAGAAGAAAUGGAAGCCUUCUUCAAGCAGUGUCCUCACCCAGAUGACAAGCAAAGAAAAGAGCUAGGCCGGGAUUUGGGGUUAGAACCUUUGCAAGUCAAGUUUUGGUUCCAAAACAAGCGCACCCAGAUGAAGACUCAGCAUGAACGACAUGAAAAUUCUAUUCUGAAGGCCGAAAACGAAAAGCUUCGAGCUGAGAACAACAGGUACAAGGAGGCCCUAACCAAUGCUACAUGCCCCAACUGUGGAGGCCCAGCUGCCCUUGGCGAAAUGUCCUUCGACGAACAGCACUUGAGGAUUGAGAACGCUCGGUUAAGAGAAGAGAUCGAUAGGAUUUCAGGAAUUGCGGCCAAGUACGUUGGAAAGCCCGUGACGUCUUCGUACUCCAACCUUUCGUCACUCAACAACAAUCACAUGCCUGUCGGUAACUAUGGAGCACAGUCAGGCACGGUAGGAGAAAUGUACGGUGGAAGUGACCUUUUGAGGUCACUCCAAGCUCCAGCUGAUGCUGACAAGCCCAUGAUCGUGGAGCUCGCUGUUGCAGCUAUGGAGGAACUCACAAGACUAGCUCAGGCUGGAGACUCUUUAUGGGUCCCCGGGAGCCACCACUCUGAGAUUUUGAACGAAGAAGACUAUUUGAGGACUUUCCCUAAUAGGGGUUUAGGUCCCAAACCUCUGGCCUUGAGAUCUGAAGCUUCAAGGGAAUCUGUGGUGGUCAUCAUGAAUCACAUUAACCUGAUUGAUAUCCUUAUGGAUGUGAACCAAUGGUCAACUAUGUUUUGCGGUAUUGUCUCAAGAGCAUUGACCCUUGAAGUCCUUUCAACUGGAGUAGCAGGAAACUACAAUGGAGCCUUGCAAGUGAUGUCAGCCGAGUUCCAAGUCCCUUCACCGCUUGUUCCUACUCGUGAGAACUAUUUCGUAAGGUACUGUAAGCAGCAACCAGAUGGGAUAUGGGCAGUGGUGGAUGUUUCUUUGGAUAAUCUGCGACCCAGUACGAUCUCAAGAAGCCGAAGAAGACCCUCUGGAUGUUUAAUUCAAGAAUUGCCAAAUGGUUACUCCAAGGUUACAUGGAUCGAACAUGUAGAAGUGGAUGAUAGGGCGGUGCAUAGCAUAUAUAAAACCCUAGUCAAUUCCGGUCUCGCCUUUGGAGCUAAACGCUGGGUGGCUACAUUAGACAGACAAUGCGAACGUCUUGCCAGUUCAAUGGCCAACAACAUACCAGCAGGGAAUCUCUGUGUGAUAACCAGUGCUGAGGGAAGAAAAAGUAUGCUGAAACUGGCAGAGAGAAUGGUUAUUAGCUAAUGCACUGGUGUAGGUGCUUCUACUGCACAUGCUUGGACAACUCUAUCCGCAACUGGAUGUGAUGACGUAAGGGUCAUGACUAGAAAGAGCACUGAUGAACCUGGCAGACCACCCGGCAUAGUGCUCAGUGCUGCCACUUCUUUCUGGCUCCCAGUUCCUCCAAAGAAGGUUUUUGAUUUCCUACGCGAUGAAAACUCAAGAAACGAGUGGGACAUUCUUUCUAAUGGGGGUCUAGUUCAAGAAUUGGCACACAUAGCAAAUGGCCGUGAUCCUGGCAACUGUGUCUCCCUACUUCGAGUCAAUAGUGCAAAUUCAAGCCAAAGUAAUAUGCUGAUACUUCAAGAGAGUUGCACUGAUUCUACUGGCUCGUAUGUAGUUUAUGCUCCUGUGGAUAUUGUAGCUAUGAAUGUAGUAAUGGGUGGAGGGGAUCCAGAUUAUGUUGCCCUGCUUCCCUCAGGCUUUGCUAUUCUUCCUGAUGGGCCUGGAAUGAAUGGUGGGUCAAUAGUUGAUGUUGGAUCAGGAGGUUCUCUACUCACAGUUGCCUUCCAGAUCUUGGUUGAUUCAGCUCCAACAGCAAAACUAUCUUUGGGUUCAGUUGCUACUGUUAACAGUCUAAUUAAGUGCACGGUUGAAAGGAUCAAGGUCGCAGUGAUACGUGACAACACCUAAUUUCACAUGUGUUAUAACAAGGGUAGUAGAGUUGAAAUUAACAAGCUCAGAGUGGUGCCUGUUUGGUUUUCAGAAGAGGGAAAGAAGUCAAUGAACGCACCUCGGAGAAUCACUUCAAUGGUAGAACUUGGAAGAAUCUUAGGUUCGGGUAUUGACUUUCACUGAUGAAAACUAAAAUAGUUCCAUCCAGCUUUUAAUAUUUUAACUUAGAAUAACUGCAGAUUUUCAUGUUCGCUAUUUAUUUUUAGUGCAGUAUUUGUAGGCCUAAGCAAACUUUUCUCAAGUGGGUUAUGUUCACUUUUUCUAUUGUAUUGUAAACUAAAGCAAAUUUUCGUCUAUUUAUCAAGUGUUCUUUUAA